CAUUGUCGUGGCACUUGAAGGAUGGACAGAAAAUAGGUCAUGUCUUAUGAUUUUUAUCUUUAUUUUUUCUGCAGCCAAAGAUAGUUCGUCAACUGUAAUAGACCUUUGGUGAUCUGCCGUCUCCUCCUCUGCACUUCCACACCCCUCGGUCUGAUAUCCAUCAGACUUUUUUGGCCUCCUCGCUCUAAACUCUUGGGUCUGAAUACUUACCCAAUCAUCUCCUCUCCAUGUUUGUUUUGUCAGAUCUACCACACCUCCAGUUUUCCCCUAUCCAGUUCUAGUAACCUGCCGGCCAGCAUUCCUCUGGAGCUACACGGUGUUGACCAGCCGUAUCUGGUGGAAAACACACCAAUAAUGGAUGACGACAAACUUGGUAAAACAGAAGCUCACUCCAUUGUUGUACGCAGUUUCGAGCCUUCAGACAAGCUGGAAGUCCAAAGGAUCUUUUACGAAGGGAUGAUGGAAAUGGUUUCCGAUACAGCGUUCAGAGGUUUGAGGCAUCACCCUGAGAGUCUGCUGCUCUAUGCGGCCUUCACAAUUGGAUGUUUGGUCAUCACCCAGUGUUGGUGGGUGAUAGGACUCCUCCCAGUCAGUGUCCUCUGUGCACGUUACUUCUGCAGCAGGAGGGUCAUCCAUGCUUAUCUGGACUGUGCUCUGCAGACAGACAUGGGUGAUGUGGAAGGAUUUUACAUGAAAUCACCAGACUCGUGCCUGUGGGUAGCAGUACUAGAGGGUAAAGUGGUGGGUCUUGUCGCAGCAGUCGGUCACCGAACCCAAACAGGUACUGUGGAGCUGCAGAGGAUGUCUGUGGAUCAGAACUGUCGCAGACGUGGAGUCGGGAUGGUGCUGGGACGCAAAGUUCUGGAAUACGCCGUCACUGGUGGAUACUCCACUGUUGUCCUGGGAACCACAGCGUACAACUCAGCUGCCCACAGGCUCUACCAAAGCCUGGGCUUUAGCUGUGUGGGUGUCACCAACGGGUACACUGCACCUGGUACCAGGCAGUCUGUAUUGGAACGGGUGUUCUACAGGGUUCGCCACCAUCACUACAGCCUGGAUGUGCAAAGAACCAAGUUGAAGAUACUUUAAGGCUUUCACGCCUAGGGUUUGUUUGAUGCUGCGUUCCAGUCCACCCAUAACUGGUGUUUUUCUAACCUUCUGUGUCAGUGGCGGCUGCUCGUCUUUCAGACAGGGGAAGCUCAUUGUUGGCUUACAUUAAAAAAAAAAAAAAAAAAAAA